CUUUACUGUGAAAGAAGAGGAGGACGUGUUCAGAGUGAAAGGAGAGGAUGUAGUUUAUGGCAUGAAAGAGGAGGGGGAGGAGAUUACUUUUACAUCGAAAAAGGAGGAGGAGGAACCUGGAUAUCUGGGCCCGGUUUCCCAAACGCAUCUUCAGGCAUCCAAUGGUUCUAACGAUGAAUUUAACCAUAAGAUGGUUUUGAGAAACCGUUCCCUGAUUAACACUAGAGAGAGACGUGACUAUUGUGGAUCCUCUGGGGAGCCUCAACAACCUCAUGAUGCUGAGGAGACAGAGAAGAGUCUCUCCAGAUCAGAACACCUCAAUAAACACCCGCAGAGACCCACAGGGAAGAGAACUCACUGCUGCUCUGACUGUGGGAAGAGAUUCACAUCAUCAGGUUUUAAAAUUCAUCAGAGAACACACACAGGAGAGAAACCUUAUAGCUGUGGUCAAUGUGGGAGGAGUUUUAGUCGAUCUGGAGAUCUGACAGUGCACAAGAGAAUACACACAGGAGAGAAACCUCAUAGCUGUGAUCAGUGUGGGAAGAGAUUUACUCAGUCACACAACCUGAUAUACCACCAGAGAACACACACAGGAGAGAAACCAUAUAGCUGUGAUCAAUGUGGGAAGAGUUUUACUUCAUCUAGCAGCCUGACUCUACACCAGAGAACACACACAGGAGAGAAACCUUAUAGCUGUGGUCAAUGUUGGAGGAGUUUUACAACGUUAAUCUCUCUGAAAGUACACCAGAGAACACACACAGGAGAGAAACCUUAUAGCUGUGAUCAAUGUGGGAAGAGAUUUGCUACAUCUGUACACCUGACUCUACACCAGAGAACACACACAGGAGAGAAACCUUAUAGCUGUGGUCAAUGUGGGAAGAGUUUUAGUCGAUCUGGAGAUCUGACAGUGCACCAGAGAACACACACAGGAGAGAAACCUCAUAGCUGUGAUCAAUGUGGGAAGAGAUUUUCUACAUCUGGCCACCUGACUCUACACCAGAGAACACACACAGGAGAGAAACCUCAUAGCUGUGAUCAAUGUGGGAAGAGAUUUUCUACAUCUGGCCACCUGACUCUACACCAGAGAACACACACAGGAGAGAAACCUUAUAGCUGUGAUCAAUGUGGGAGGAGUUUUAGUCAAUCUGGCAAUCUGACUCAACACCAGAGAACACACAGGAUUGAAAUCUCAUAGCUGUGACCAGAGAUAAUCUGAUAAAAGAUCUCUGAUCAAAUAUUAGAAAAAACAUACAUGAAGUAGUUGUUUCAUGAUUUCAAUGAAUGAAUGUCACAAUGUAGAAUUUUUUAACAUUGUAGUAGGAGUAUUGUAAUGAUUUCACAAUGUAGAAGCCUAAACGUGUGCCCACUUAUGAAUUGAUAUCAACAUGUUAUGGAUAUUAGCCUAAUGGGGAAAAAUCCAGGCUCUGAAAUGGAAGAGUACUAUUUAUGUGAUUUAACAAAAAUUGACAAACUAAAAAAAGAGUUCGGAUCAAAUCAAAUUAAUUUAUAAAGCCCUUCUUAUAUCAGCUGAUAUCUCAAAGUGCUGUACAGAAACCCAGCCUAAAACCCCAAACAGCAAGCAAUGCAGGUGUAGAAGCACGGUGGCUAGGAAAAACUCCCUAGAAAGGCCAAAACCUAGGAAGAAACCUAGAGAAGAACCAGGCUAUGAGGGGUGGCCAGUCCUCUUCUGGCUGUGCCGGGUGGAGAUUAUAACAGAACAUGGCCAAGAUGUUCAUAAAUGACCAGCAUGGUCAAAUAAUAAUAAUCACAGUAGUUGUCGAGGGUGCAACAGAUCAACACCUCAGGAGUAAAUGUCAGUUGGCUUUUCAUAGCCGAUCAUUAAGAGUAUCUCUUCCGUUCCUGCUGUCUCUAGAGAGUUGAAAACAGCAGGUUUGGGACAGGUAGCACAUCCGGUGAACAGGUCAGGGUUCCAUAGCCGCAGGCAGAACAGUUGAAACUGGAGCAGCAACACGGCCAGGUGGACUGGGGACAGCAAGGAGUCAUCGUGCCAGGUAGUCCUGAGGCCUGGUCCUAGGGCUCAGGUCCUCAGAGAGUGAGAAAGAAAGAAUUAGAGAGAGCAUACUUAAAUUCACACAGGACACCGGAUAAGACAGGAGAAGUACUCCAGAUAUAUCAAACUGACCCUAGCCCCCUGACACAUAAACUACUUCAGCAUAAAUACUGGAGGCUGAGACAGGAGGGGUCAGGAGACACUGUGGCCCCAUCCGAUGAUACCCCCGGACAGGGCCAAACAGGAAGGAUAUAACCCCACCCACUUUGCCAAAGCACAGCCCCCACACCGCUAGAGGGAUAUCUUCAACCACCAACUUACCAUCCUGAGACAAGGCAGAGUAAAGCCCACAAAGAUUUCCGCCACGGCACAACCCAAGGGGGAGCGCCAACCCAGACAGGAAGAUCACGUCAGUGACACAACCCACUCAAGUGAUGCACCCCUCCUAGGGACGGCAUGAGAGAGCACCAGUUUGCCAGUGACUCAUCCCCUGUAAUAGGGUUAGAGGCAGAGAAUCCCAGUGGAGAGAGGGGAACCGGCCAGGCAGAGACAGCAAGGACGGUUCGUUGCUCCAGAGCCUUUCCGUUUACCUUCACACUCCUGGGCCAGACUACACUCAAUCAUAUGACGUACUGAAGAGAUGAGUCUUCAGUAAAGAGUUAAAGGUUGAGACCGAGUCUGUCACAUGGAUAGGCAGACCAUUCCAUUCAAAUGGAGAUCUACAGGAGAAAGCCCUGCCUCCAGAUGUUUGCUUAGAAAUUCUAGGGACAAUUAGGAGUUGUGUUACACUUACCACGUUGGUGACCCACUUGAAUCAAAAUGCAACACUUCAAAAUGUGGCGUGCUGUUUUCUACAAAUUGUCCUCUAACCAGGGAUGUACUCCCAGGGAUGUACUCCCAGAUUCCAUGUGGUUUUUGAGCUGUUAGUUUUAACAGGACGUGCAACCUCAUCUCUCUCCUCUCACAAUUUUUUUAGCAUGAUAUCGAUGAGUGAUGACAAAUAAGUGUUGCAUUCCCCUGUUUAGCGACCCCUAAAUUUAAUGCAUCACUCCCAAAUGUAGCUGACUCUUCUGCAGGUUGUCCUCUAACCAGGGAGGUAAAAUAUAUCUCCCAUUUCCAUGUGUUUUUUUGUUGUGUCAGUUUCAACAGCACGUACAACCUAAUUUCCCACCUAAUCGAUAUCAGUGAUUUAUUGCUAUUUGUCAAAACAACAGUGUUUCUGGUGUUUGUGCAGUUUAUAAGGAGCUUGUUUAAAAAAUACAAGUAAUAUGAUUAUUGUGGCAGAUGUUUGUGUAUAUAGCACAUGUUAUGUUUAGGUUUUCAAUUUAUCCCCAAACUGUUCCUGCAUAUUGGUUAUUGAUUUGGACACGUUAAAACUGUGUUUUGACAUUGGGCUAUCCCACCAAGCAAAAUUAUAUUGAAAAGACGUUGAAAAUAUGACUAUGCAAUCAAAUAUUUCAUAUUUACAUUUCAUGUAACAUUUGGUAGUGAUAUUUAUUCAUGCAACCAACAUGACAAUUUUUUGGUACAAUUAUAUUGACAUUGUUGCCCUGUUUUUAGAAUAUCAGGGUUAAUUCUCACAUGUGCCAAACCAAAUGUUCUAGAGCAUGAUAUUGGGGACUGGGCCCAGAUCCAACAACAUGCCUAUCUAGUGAACCCUGAAAAGAGAGAGAAGCUCCGCAGUGAGGUGGAAAGUUAUUACGGAUAUCGCAGGAGUUUCCUCUUGAAAUCAGUCCGUGGUAAGGAAAACUUGGUUGCUGAUUAUCUCUGGGGUGGGCAGUCAAAAAGAUUUGUGUUUUGCGUUGAGCCAGUGUGUUUAUUUGGAGUUUUAUCUCUUAUUCUUUUCCGUAUUGAAACUGCACUGUUGGUUUGGGGCUCAUAAGGAAGCAUUUCACUGUUGUAUUCGGUGCAUGUGACUAAUACAAUUUGAUCUGAGUUUUGUUUGGGCUCGUUCCAAGAGGACGAGAGUUCUAGAAGCUAGUGAGUUUUAGGAUUCUAUAGAAAGAAAAAGGAGAAAAAAAUAACAUGAUUGUUUAUUAUUAUUUAGGAAUAGGUGUUUUUUCUUGUUUUUAAUUGUUGACAGCCAGUAGACACCAUGUUUAUAUUGGUGAAGGUGAAGCAUUGUAGUUGAUUAUAAUGUGAAAUGGAAGUUGUUUUCUGUUGGUGGUGAGCAAACGUGUCCAACGAAAAUAUAGUAUGUUACACCUGUGCUGGCUUGUCCAUCUCGUUAGUGAGAAGUUUUUUCACCUGAGCUGGUCCAGGUUCUAUUUAAGAGUGUCUGGCCCAGUGCUCCAGUUGUCUUGAUAGAUGUGACAAAUCAACACCUUUAGUGUGAUUUUCAGUCGACACCCUCAGUGUCUUUCAGAACCCCUCCUAAAAAAACAAGCUAAUAUUUUUGGGUUGGAUAUUGCAUCCAAAUAAUAUUUUAAUCAAUGGCAUUUCCUAAGAAUGCUCAUUAGUCUUUCAGUUAUUGUUGUUUGUGUACUAAAUAUUUCUGUUUAUUUUCAUUGUUUUUCAUGUGAACCCGUUGGUUUGGAUCCGUGUCUGAAAUGUGCUGUAUAAAUAAAGCUUGAUUUGAUUUGAA